AUGUUUGCCUGGAAUCGUGAUCCAACAAGGUUAACUGGGAGUUCAUCUUAUCGAAAAUUUAGAAGAGAGCAACUAGGUAUCAGAGAUGAUAGACCAUCUGAAUACGUCCUUAGGUGUCCCCGGGCGUACAGGAAGAAAAUGGAUGAAUUGGAGAAGAAUCUGGGCUUGCAUGACAAGAUUCUGAUAUCGCCUGAUGAUGCUGCUACUUACUCCAUCUCCAUGCCUGAUCAGUCGUCAUCAAGAUUGGCCUUACAGUCAGCUGGCGUCAAGAAAGAACUAGGUUCCAAAGCCUCACUGCAAGCUUGUUCUGCCCGUAUGGCAUCAGAUGAUGAGAGACUUGAUGAUUUGAAAGGAUCGGAUCAGUAUCUGCAGGCCACGCCUGACUCUGUUGAACUUGAUACAACUCAGGAAAUGGUGUCGUCUCCUGUUACUAGUACUACCUCCUUGCCUCCAUCAAGUAUAGCGAAGCAGCUCCGAUCAAGUUCAAAGAUGCGAUUACUCCGCUACAAGCACAAAGCUUUAGAAAACAAGAAGAAGAAGAAGAAGAAGAAGAAGAAGGUCGUGAUAAUCAAGCGCAAAGCCGUAUAA